CCAUCAAGUCUUGUCACAAGCGAAUAGUCGAAGACGACACCACUAGAGUAAAACAAGAACCAAACCAAAACCAAGAAUCAAAGAUCAUCUCUUUCCCAUCUCCUCUGUUCUCGCCAUCUUGAAACUGUGAUGCGGAGGAGGAAUUCAGAGAAGGGUCUUUGAGUCAUAGCUAUCGCAGGUCCCCAUGGAGCUCCGUAGGCUGGGCUUGAUCCUCCUCUCGGCGGCUCUGAUUUCACUGGUGUGUUGUCCUUCCCCCGUCACCGCCGGCGACAUCGUCCACGACGAUGAUGUAGCCCCCAAGAAGCCCGGAUGCGAGAACGACUUCGUCCUGGUUAAAGUCCAAACUUGGGUUGAUGGCAUGGAGAGCAGCGAAUUCGUUGGUGUGGGUGCUAGAUUCGGAAAACCGAUAGUAUCAAAGGAGAAAAAUGCAAAUCAAACUCGCCUUGCUCUUUCUGACCCCCGAGACUGCUGUAGCAUGCCAAAGAAUAAGCUCACUAAUGAGGUAAUCAUGGUGCCUAGAGGCAAUUGUAAGUUCACCAUGAAGGCAAAUUAUGCAGAAGCUGCUGGGGCAUCAGCUGUGCUUAUUAUCAAUAAUGAGAAAGAACUUUAUAAGAUGGUUUGUGAUCCCGAUGAAACCGAGCUUAAUAUACAGAUACCUGCUGUCAUGCUUCCACAAGAUGCCGGUGCAAGCUUGGAAAAAAUGCUAAUGAAUAGUUCAUCAGUGUCGGUGCAGCUAUACUCUCCUAAGCGACCAUUAGUAGACAUAGCUGAAGUAUUUCUGUGGCUGAUGGCUGUGGGAACCAUUUUGUGCGCCUCUUAUUGGUCUGCAUGGACUGCACGGGAGGCUGCUAUAGAGCAGGACAAGCUAUUAAAGGAUGCUGCAGAUGAAGUUUCAGAUGAUGUUACGGUGCGCCCGAGCGGUGUGGUUGAGAUCAGUGUGACCUCAGCAGUCCUUUUUGUCCUUGUUGCUUCAUGCUUCUUGAUUAUCCUCUAUAAACUCAUGUCCUCCUGGUUUUUGGACCUUUUGGUUGUCCUUUUCUGCAUCGGUGGUGUAGAGGGCUUGCAAACUUGCCUAGUUGCUCUGUUAUCAAGAUGGUUCAGAGGCACUGCAGAGUCAUACGUCAAAGUACCUCUCUUUGGGGCUGUCUCGCACCUGACUUUGGCUGUAUCUCCCUUCUGCAUAGUAUUUGCAGUCAUUUGGGCGGUUUACCAUAACCACUCCUUUGCGUGGAUCGGUCAAGAUAUACUUGGAAUUGCUCUGAUUAUCACAGUCCUUCAAAUUGUUCGGAUACCGAAUCUCAAGGUGGGAACGGUUCUUCUCAGUUGCGCUUUCUUUUACGACAUCUUCUGGGUGUUUGUCUCCAAGAAAAUGUUUCAUGAAAGCGUCAUGAUUGUGGUUGCUCGUGGUGACGGAAGUGGUGAGGAAGGAAUCCCAAUGCUGCUGAAGAUCCCCAGGUUGUUCGAUCCAUGGGGCGGUUACAGUAUCAUUGGGUUUGGGGACAUCCUUUUACCAGGAUUGCUUGUUGCAUUCUCUCUAAGAUAUGAUUGGCUGGCAAAUAAGAACCUCCGAGCUGGUUACUUCCUGUGGGCAAUGUUUGCUUAUGGAUUUGGUCUUCUCAUCACGUAUGUGGCACUGAACUUGAUGGAUGGGCACGGUCAACCAGCACUGCUAUAUAUUGUCCCGUUCACACUCGGGACAUUCCUUACAUUGGGGAGGAAGAGAGGAGAUCUCAAGACUCUCUGGACAAAGGGAGAGCCCGACAGACCCUGCCCUCAUGUGAGACUACACUCUGUCUCUGCUGGUGAAUUCGAUGGAGAAAAAUGAAAACCUGCUGUUCUCAGGAGGCAAGAUUAAGUGUAAUGUUGUUGUAGCAUUGUUAAAGGAUGCAGGGCUAAUUAGAUGCUUAGCAUAACAUGAUAUAGUGUGUGUUAUUACAAGCUCAAACCGAGUUUGUCGGGCUUAAAACGGUGCUCCAUGUGGUUACCAGAAUUGUAUUCAUACCGUGGAUUGAUCAAUCCGCAUACUAAUGUGGGCUUAUUUAGUCCUGAAGAAGUUUCUUAAGAUUACCUUCUA